AAAAACCCACACACAGCGAAACCCUAGAAAUUCCAAUCAGUUCAUGAUUUGGAUCCAAAUCGAAGGAAAAGAUGGGUGAUUUCAAUCUUGCUCUUGUGAUUGUGGCGAUCGUUGUCUGUGUAUUAGUGUUUCUUAUCAAUGUAUACCUCCUUGUGAAUUACCAACAUCCCGAUGACAAAAACCAGGCGUAUUUUCCCAAAUUCGUUGUCGUUUUCGGUCUCUCCGUCGCUGCUAUCUCCAUCCUCAUGCUUCCCGCCGAUGUUGCCAACCGUCAGGCUUGCCGGCAUGCUAUAUAUAACGGGGCUUGUAAUCUUACAUUGCCGAUGAAAGAUCUGUGGUUGGCUAUUUACAUUGUCGAUGCCAUCCUCGUUUUUUUCGUUAUUCCAUUCGCAAUGUUCUACUACGAAGGUGACCAAGACAAAUCUGUUGGGAAGAGAUUGAAAAGUUCAUUGAUGUGGGUGAUCGCUACAGCUAUUAUCUGUGGUUUACUGCUGGGUAUUCUAUAUGGUCUUGUUGGAAAGGUUGAUUUCACUGUUAGGCACCUCUCUUCUUCAACCACUGCUUUCCCAAAUAACUUUGGUUUCUCAAGCAGUGAACAGUGUAUUGGGAGUGGUGCACGCCAGUGUUCUGCAUAUAUUGCCAAUCCUUCAUCAGAGACAACAUGGACUAUGCGCUCAACCUUUCCAGAAUAUGUUGUUGCUCUUGCUACAAUUGCAGGAUCUGUGCUUUUCUCUAUAUUUGGCGGGGUUGGCAUAGCUUGCCUCCCUCUGGGACUUAUAUUUUCAUUCAUCAGGCGACCAAGGGCGGUUAUCACUAGAUCACAGUAUAUCAAGGAAGCAACAGAACUUGGUAAAAAAGCAAGAGAAUUGAAGAAGGCAGCGGAUGCACUUCACCAGGAACAAAAAAGUGGUUCAAAGGGAAGAAAGUGGCGAAAAAACAUGAAGGCAGUAGAAAAAGAGUUGCUUCUUCUGGAGGAUGAUGUGAAGGCUUUAGAAGAGAUGUAUCCUCAAGGUGAAAAGGCAGAGACUACCUGGGCGAUGACAAUCCUAGGCUAUUUGGCAAAGCUUGUACUUGGAGUCUUUGGGUUGAUUGUUUCAAUUGCCUGGGUUGUACACAUUGUGAUAUACUUGUUGAUUGAUCCGCCUCUUUCGCCCUUCCUAAAUGAGGUUUUCAUCAAGUUGGACGAUGCUUGGGGUCUGCUUGGAACUGCAGCAUUUGCAUUCUUCUGCUUCUACCUUCUGCUUGCGGUGAUUGCUGGGGAAAUGAUGCUUGGCCUGAGACUAGUGUUUAUCACUAUCCAUCCAAUGAAGUGGGGAGCUACUCUCAUGAACUCUUUUCUUUUCAACGUGGGACUCAUUCUUCUUUCCUCCAUCAGUGUGAUUCAGUUCUGUUCCACAGCAUUUGCAUACUAUGCUCAAGCUACAGCUGCCCAAGAAAUAUUUGGUCACACAUUGGAAUCUCUUCGUGGAAUCAAAUAUCUAUACAAGUAUAAUGUAUUUCAGAUUGCAUUCAUCGCUCUAGCAGGCUUAACCUUCGUGUAUUAUACCGCCUUUGGAUGGAGAAGAAAAAGACCGAGCGGGAGGUUUCAGCUGUCGUCUUAAAGCAUUAAUGAUCAGAAAAGCAUGGACAGAGUGGAGUAGAUGUAUUGGUUGAGAAAAUUUUCAGUUCAAAUGAUGAUUUAUUUCAAUUGCAAUUGCUUCUCUAUACAAAUGAAUACCACAUAUAAUCUUUGUCAAAUAUAUACUCGAGAAGUAGCAGACCAGAAUCGAGAGAUGGUCGGGACAGGGGUACAAGUUCCGAAUCGGGUUUGCUGCAUUUUGUUAACAACAUGUGUAUGUAAUUUUGCUGUUUUAAUAUGUACACGGUGUAAUCAUGUAAUAUCUAAUUUGAUGUAAUAUAUAGGGAAGGUGAACAUUUUAUCGUCUUUCUAUUGUGUUGAAGGUAAUGCAAAGUUGUUGGUGAUUCUAGUGUCAUCAAACAUUUUGGUGUAAAUGAGAUUGACUUGAUCGUUAAUACGAGUUUGGUGGUGCAGAAUAC